AUGGGCAAGGAACUCUCAGUACUCUGUUUUGGAGACUCUCUGACAGCUGGAUACUACCAUUUUGGAUGCGACUACCAUCCAUACGCCUUGACACUGAAAAAUAAACUGCAGGCAGCGUUUCCCACUACCACAUUCACCGUCGACGAGGACGGCCUUCCAGGUGAUUUGGUCGUCAGUCCUGCCGGCAAAUUCCUGCCUCGAAUCCAGGCAAAAUGUGUGUCUACUCCACUUGUCUUUGUUGCAGUGCUGACCAUUACAGUUGACGGAUCCAACUAUGACUGGGUUAUCAUUCUCGGGGGAACAAAUGAUCUCGGGACUAGGUAUCCAGCUUCGAAGAUAUACCCUGCCCUGCAAGACGUGUGGGAGGUAGCUCUAGACAGCGGCGCACAUGUUCUCGCCCUGACCAUCCCUGAAUGUUCGGCUGUCAGUACGACGCUUAACACAAAUAGAAACAAAGUGAACUCGUCCAUACUCGCUCAUAAAGCGGAGGGAUUCCACGCAUUUGACUUGCAUGGCGCACUGCCCUACCACAACGCCACAGAGGAAUUCAAAGAGAAGAUCUGGGAUGAUGGGCUGCAUUUAACUGCCGAGGGGUAUAGGCUCGUUGGGGAUGUGGUCGGGGAGCAUUUAAUUGCGCUGCUCAAGGACAAAGGCUUAUAA